UCUUCUCACAAAAACCUAGCAAUUCUUUCUAUCUCUUUCUAAAAUCAAAAAAUGGCGAGGCUCAUUUAUGCAACAAUGGGUACAAUUUUUCUCAUAAGUUGGGCUAACAUGGGCUCAGCCACGGUGUACAGUGUUGGCGAUACUUCGGGUUGGAAUACUGGCGUGGAUUAUUCAAGUUGGACCAGUGGAAAAACCUUUGCUGUUGGAGAUAGCCUAGCGUUUGCUUACGGGGCUGGAACGCACACAGUGAACGAAGUGUCGGCAAAUGACUACCAAUCGUGCUCCACGAGCAACUAUCUGAGCACAGACUCGAGCGGCUCCACCACCAUCACUCUCAGAACCUCCGGAACCCAUUACUUUGUCUGCGGAGUUCCCGGUCAUUGCAUCGGCGGCAUGAAGCUCGCCGUCACCGUCACCGUGGGCCCCUCUUCUUCAUCCGGAACCACCACUACCCCUUCCACACCCUCCACUGAAACCGGCUACCACUUUUCUGCAGCCACCAAAACACAAAUUCCGGCGACGGUGGUUGGCUUCUUCGGUAUGUGGUUCAUGGCGGCCGGUGGUCGGCUUUGAGAUUGGUGAAGUCUGUGGUUGUAGAGAUUAGACGGCUCAGAUGUUAUCUUCCGAUUUUUCAUAUUUUUUGAGGUAGAUUGACUGUCUUAUGGGUGUUUAAUUUGUAGCAGUGAUAUAUGAGUUUUUUAUAAUUGGGAAUGGUAUGAUUGAAUAUA